CUGACCCGCGUGAAUUAUGAAUGAAUACAACAUGCAGAAGAAUCUCUCGUCGGUGAACUCCUCGUCCUGGAAAGCGGAGUCGGUGGUCAUUUCUCUGGGCUUCUCGGUUAUCUUCCUGGUCGGCACCGCGCGGAACUCUCUGGUGCUCGCGGUUCUGUUCCGUAACGGACAGAUGAACACCAAAACCACCAACCUGUUCAUCCUCAACCUCGGCAUAGCGGACCUGAGCUUCAUCGUGUUCUGCGUGCCCCUUCAGGCCACCAUCUACACUCUGGAUGAGUGGGUGUUCGGUCCCGUGGUGUGUAAAGUCGUGCACUUCAUCAUUUUUCUCACCAUGUACGCGAGCAUCUUCACGCUGACAGCUGUUUCCUUGGACAGGUAUUUAGCCAUUUGCUGCCCGCUCCGCUCCCGAGAGACGAGAACAGUGAAGAACGCCCUCACCUGCAUCGUCCUGGUUUGGGCCCUGGCUCUGGUCUUCUCGUGGCCGUAUCUCAGCUACUACUCCCAGAUGGACCUGUCCGGCACCGUGGUGUGCAUUCCUUCCUGGGAGACCAAACCACGCAUCAUCAUGGACAUGUGCACCUUCAUCUUUGGCUACGUCGUCCCCGUCCUGGUGCUCGGCCUCACCUACGCUCGCACUGUCCGAUACCUGUGGACCAGUGUGGACCCCGUGAAGGACAUGUCCGAGUCGAGGCGGUCCAAGUGGAGAGUCACCAAGAUGAUCGUUAUGGUCGCUGCUCUCUUCUGCCUUUGCUGGCUCCCCCGUCACCUGGUCGUCCUCUGCAUGUGGUUCGGACGUUUCCCCCUCAACCACGCCACCUACGUCCUCCGCAUCCUCUCCCACAUGGUGGCUUACACCAACUCCUGCCUCAACCCCAUCGUCUACGCGCUAGUCUCCAAGCACAUCCGCAAAGGCUUCAGGAAGGUGUUCAGCUGCUCGCCGGGGACCAGGGAGGACAACAAGGUGCACGUCAUCCAGGUGGUGAACACGGUCAGCAGCGCAGAGACGUCCAACUAAGGACGACGUCGGCCUCGAAACCAAGUUGAUGGAGGAGAGGACGAGCCGAAUGAACAUUAUGGACCUUGAUCGAACCCAGAAACUUUCUCUGACAUAAUGUCCCAAAAGUAUUAAUUUCUCCAGAAUCAAAAGCAUCAGAAUAUGGAGUAGACUUGUCUGCAAGGAAAGACGGUAAUGAGACAAAAGCGGCAAACGAUGAAUACCUCCGAACUGAAUUAUUGACCAGCCAUUAAAGAAGAAAUUGAUGAACUGAGGAAAACCUUUACUGACUGAAGAACAAACGCUGUAAUUGACCCAUUGAAGGUCUAAUGUU